AUGGCCGAAAUCAUGGGCGUAACGGCUUCCAUUGUCACGCUGGUGGCAACUGGUCGCACCAUUUCCACCGCAUUCAACCUGGUUGCCGCCGUGCGCGAGUGCCCCAAGGAGAUCGAGAAUCUGCGCAGGGAACACGACUCCUUGACAGCUACGCUCGAAUGCCUUGGCAAUCUGAUCCACUCGAGCUUCGUUGAGCAGGUCAACACUGUCGUUGGUGAUACAGGGAAGACGCUUGACGAGCUUCAAACCGCACUCUCAGCUAUCCAGCCGAGCGGAUUUCGCGCCGGAAAGCGGGCAGCUUUCCAGAUGCGAUACAAGUAUUUCUGGAAGGAACGCACAAUCCAGGCGAUCAUGGCUCGCGUUCAAGCCCGUCGGGAUUCAUUAACACUAAUGCUCAACAUGUGGUCUAGUGCGGACGCCCAGGAAAUGAGAAAGCAGCUCGACAGUAUCAGGCUGAGCUUGGAAUCAUGCCUCUUCAGUAUACGAGGGGCUUCUGUGGCUCCUGCAACUUCUGGACCGCUAUCUCCAGUGUCCGACGCCAGUGAAGUCAAUGAAUGGAGCUCGCAUCGCUCCAGCAUCUCAUUAGGCAGUCGGGCUGAUACCGCUACUAGCAUCAGCGAGAUGGCACUAAACGGCCACCCGGUCUUGGACCUAGACCGAAGGUUCGAUCGGGCUCUAAAUACCGGCCGCCAGAAUGGUCCCCAAGGAGAAAAUAUCAGGCGUCGCAUCGCGCAAUUGAACGCGACUAAGUCGUCCGCGGUUGGAGCCUCCAUUUCCAAAGCAGCUCGCCCAGUUACAUCGACUGCGAACCCAAGGAAAGGAAAAUCUCCAGAUACGAACAAGAUCCGGACGUUAGCCCGGAGCCUGGCAUCUAAAGAAGCGAACGCUUCGGGAUUAUGGAGCAAUGAGAGCGCCGCAGCAGCUCAGGCUCUCGCUAAAGCAUACCAAGAAGUGGAGGACUUCGAGUCGGCUUUGGAGUAUUACCAUCUAGAUCUCUUGGCAAGAGAAUCACUGCUGGGUCCGACGCAUCUGUCAACCCUUACAACCAUGGACCUCAUUGCGGGGCUCCUCGAGCUUCAAUCUCGGUGGCCAGAUGCAUUGGAAUACUACCAGCGUUCACUUACUGGACGGGCCAGCAACCCGAAUAUCGGCAGAACGCACCCCACGUACUUGCCAAUCGCUACACGCAUCGGGCGGAUGUACAAACAAAUGGAUGAAUCCGAGUUGGCGCUUCAACAGUAUGCAUCAAUUCUUGACCAGUACUAUACUAUGGCGGGUAAGGGAGGUGUAGCUGCCAUGGCUGUUAGGGCGGAUAUCGCAACAAUUGCUCAAGGCACCUCUUCUGCACCGGCGGCUAGCUCGGCACUAGCACCGACAGCUCCCACGCCGAACGGUGGAUCUCCCUUCAUGAUCCCAUCGAGCUUAAAGAGUAAUACAAACGAGAUGGCUAGAUGCAUUCCCACUCAAGGGUCAUCCCCGACUGUUUGGGCGCCUGAGAUUGCGGAGUAUGAAGCAAAGCUUGAGCGUGUGCGACUUAUUAAUGGAAAUAAUCACCCCGAGACACUGCAGCUAAUGUGCAGCCUCGCAGAUGCAUAUGCAUCCCAUGAACAAUACGAGGCGGCGGUAUCAUGGCUUCACGAAGCUUUACGGGGCCAAGAAAUUACUUUUGGGGAGAAGCAUCCUAAAACCUUGGCCACACUUCAUAACCUGGGGAUCUGCUACGCCAGCACCAAAGACAACGCUGCAGCUCUAAAGUACCUCGAAAGCGCAGUUACUGGGCGGACGUGGAAACUGGCUAAGAACCAUCCUGACACGAUCAUAAGCAUCGUUCAACUAGCGACAGUGUAUCGAGCGCUAGGUGAAUACACCAAGGCCCUCGACUUGAUCGACCGAGCUAUUGCGGGCUAUACCGAGAGGUAUGGCGCGAAGCAUCCGAAGACCCUAUCGGCUGCAUUUCAACGUGGCAAGAUAUUGCACAACAAAGGCGCCCUUACAGCUGCACAGAGAGUGCACGAAAGCGUGCUGCGCGAUCGAGAAGCCAUGAAUCCACCCGUUCACCCGCAGGUCUUGGCUUCCAAGGUCGAAUUGGGACAAGCUUACCGAGAACUUAAAGCAUACGAGAAAGCUACCGCGAUUCUGCUCGAUGCCUACGAAGGCCAGAAAACCACCUUUGGGCAGCUUAAUUCCCUCACCACGGGUAGUGCACAUGACCUUGCGAUGAUAUAUUGGGAAACCGAAAAGUGACAACAAGCCCUUGGCUUCUACCUUAUCGUCCUAGAGGGAUUGCAGAACGGACAUGACGCAG